CGUACCCCCCAUUCCGAUCUCCUCUCGAAGCCAGAAAAAUCCGGAUGACGGCACGGCCCGUUGCGGGAGCUGCUAACGCACGAGCGAAGAACCGGAGCGGUCGAGAUGCCGCUGGCGUCUGUUUGCCAAACAGGGUUGGAAUUUGCACAAGUCUGUCUCCCAAUUUGGCCAAACCGUUUCACGAUUCGGGCAGCGGCAGGGCAGCCCCACGACGCCGGCAGCUCGGAGCGGAUCCAGCUGUCGGGAACGUUCAACGUGCGCAAGGGGAAGAUGCAGCUGCCGGGGAGCCGUUGGGCCCGGCGCCAGGUGAUCAUGUGCGGCACCUGCCUGAUCGUGUCGUCCGUGAAGGACAGCCUGGCUGGCAAGAUGCACGUGUUGCCGCUCAUCGGAGGCAGAGUGGAGGAAGUGAAAAAGCACCGGGAGCACUGUCUGGCCUUCAGUUCAUCCGGGCCGCAGAGCCAAACCUAUUACGUUUGUUUCGAUACUUUCACUGAGUACCUGAGGUGGCUGCGCCUAGCUUCCAAGGUCGCCUCCCAGCGUAUCAGCUCGGUGGACCUUUCUUGCUGCAGCUUGGAGCAGCUUCCUGCCAACCUGUUCUACAGCCAAGAUCUCACGCACCUCAACUUGAAGCAGAACUUCCUGAGGCCCGGCCCCGGCCCCUCGGUCUCCCGGGGGCUCGACGAACUGCAGAGGUUCUCCAAGUUGAAGAGCCUUAACCUGUCCAAUAACCACCUGGGCGACUUCCCGCUGGCCGUCUGCUCCAUCCCGACGCUCGUGGAGCUGAACGUGUCCUGCAACGCCCUGAGAGCCGUGCCCGCCGCGGUCGGAGACAUGCACAACUUGCAGACGUUCCUGCUGGAUGGCAACCACCUGCUGUCUCUUCCUGCCGAGAUGGAGAACAUGCGCCAGCUCGGCUACCUGGGCCUCUCCUUCAACGAAUUCGCCGACCUCCCCGGCGUGUUGGCCAGGCUGACCGCCGUGGACCGGCUCUGUAUGUCCGGGAACUGCCUGGAGACCCUCAGCCUGCAGGCGCUUGGCAGGGUGCCGCACAUCAAGCACGUGGACCUGAGGCUGAAUGCCAUCAGGGAGCUGGUGGUGGCGGGAGACUCCGACGCCCUUCAUCACGUGACGCAGCUGGACCUGCGGGACAACAAGCUCGUGGAACUGGAUGUCACCGUCUUCUGCAACGUCCAGGUGCUGCACUGUGAGCGUAACCAGCUGGGGAGCCUGAGCCUCUGCGGGGCCUCCCUGAAGGCGCUCUACGCCUCAUCCAAUGAGCUGGUUCAUCUCGACGUCUGCCCGGUUCCAAACUUCUUGACCCUCAUGGACCUCUCCAGGAACCGCUUGGAGAACGUGCCCGAGUGGGUGUGCGACAGCCCGAAGUUAGAAGUGCUGGACGUCGGACACAACCGUAUUCGGGAGCUUCCGGCCCGGUUGUUCUGUAACCGCGGCCUGAGGAAACUGCUGGCGGGACACAAUCGGCUGACCCGGCUGCCGGAUCGGCUCGAGGGGACCCAGGUGGAAGUUCUGGACGUGCAGCACAACCAGCUUCUCGAGCUGCCGCCCACCCUCCUGCUGAAGGCCGACAGCCUGAGGUACCUGAACGCCUCGGCUAACGGCCUGGAGACCCUUCCCCCGGCCACGCUGUCCGAAGAGACGCCCGGCGCGCUGCAGGAGUUGUACGUGACCAACAACCGCCUCACGGACAAGUGCGUGCCCCUCCUGACGGGCCACCCCCGCCUGAAGAUCCUGCACAUGGCCUACAACCGGCUCCAGAGCUUCCCGGCCAGCAAAAUGGCCAAGCUGGAGGAGCUGGAGGAAGUGGAUGUCAGCGGCAACAAGCUGAAGGCCUUGCCUACCACCAUCCUGGCCUGCAGGCGCAUGCACACCGUCAGCGCGCAUUCCAACUGCAUUGAGGUCUUCCCAGAAGUCAUGCAGCUGCCGGAAAUCAAGUGCGUGGACCUGAGCUGUAACGAGCUGAGCGAGGUGACGUUGCCCGAAAACCUGCCCCCCAAACUGCAAGAACUCGACCUGACGGGGAACCCGCGCCUGGUCCUGGACCACAGGACUCUGGAACUGCUCAAUAACAUCCGCUGUUUCAAGAUCGACCAGCCGUCGGCCGGCGCCGCCGCCGGAGUCCCGGCCGUGUGGAGCCACGGCUUCACGGAGGCGUCGGGGGUGAAGAACAAGCUGUGCGUGGCGGCCCUGUCGGCCACCAACUUCUGCGAUAACCGCGAGGCGCUCUACGGCGUGUUCGACGGCGACCGCAACGUGGAGGUGCCCUACCUCCUGCAGUGCACCAUGAGCGACGUCCUGGCGGAGGAGCUGCAGAAGACCAAGAACGAGGAGGAGUACAUGGUCAACACGUUCAUCGUCAUGCAGAGGAAACUCGGGACGGCCGGACAGAAGCUCGGGGGCUCGGCCGUCCUCUGCCACGUCAAGCACGACCCCCUGGACCCCGGCGGGUACUUCACCUUGACGUCGGCCAACGUGGGGAAGUGCCGGGCGGUCCUCUGUCGCGACGGCAAGCCCGUGCCCCUGUCCCGGUCCUACGUCAUGAGCUGUGAGGAGGAGUGGAAGAGGGUCAAGCAGAACAAGGCCAUCGUCACCGAGGACGGCAAGGUGAACGGGGUGACGGACUCGACGCGGAUCCUGGGCUACACGUUCCUCCACCCGAGCGUGGUGCCGCGGCCGCACGUGCAGUCGGUGACCCUGACCCCGCGGGACGAGUUCUUCAUCCUGGGCAGCAAGGGGCUGUGGGACAGCCUGGCGGCCGAGGAGGCGGUGGAGGCCGUGCGCGACGUGCCCGACGCCCUGGCCGCCGCCAAGAAGCUGUGCACGCUGGCCCAGAGCUACGGCUGCAACGACAGCAUCAGCGCGGUGGUGGUGCGGCUCGGCGUCCCCGAGGACGGCUUCUGCCGCUGCCGCCGCUGCGGCGGGGGGCCGCCGCCGCCCCCCAGCCCGGGCCCCGGGCCGGCCCCCGCCGGGGGCCUCGGGGAGCGGCCCUCCGGACGGGCGGCCGCGCCCCGGGCCGGCGGCGGCGGCCCGGCCUCGGAGACGAGCGGCGAGGUCUCCGCUUCGGAGAUGAGCAGCGAGGUGGGCUCCACGGCCUCGGACGAGCCGGGCCCCGGGGGCGCCCCGGGCGACGGCGGCCCCGCCGCCUGGGCCGGCGAGCAGCGCCGCACGCUGCACCCCGGGGGCCCGGCCGGCUCCUUCCGGCGCCGGCUGUCCGACGCCGCCUUCUCCGGCGCCUUCCCCGACAACGGCCUCGACAGCGACGACGAGGAGCCCGUCCGGGGCGUGUUCAGCAACGGGAGCCGCGUGGAGGUGGAGGUGGACAUCCACUGCGGCCGCGCCGAGCCGCCGGGCCCGGCGGAGGCCGGCGACGAGGCGGCGGGCGGGGGCGGCGGCGAGGAGGAGGAGGCCGGCCCGCCCAGGAGGCCCGACCUCUCCGCCGCGGGGACCGUCGGGCGCCGGCGGGGCAACGGCUCGGUGGCGCCCCAGGAGCGGAGCCACAACGUCAUCGAGGUGGCGGCCGAGGCGCCCCUGCGGAGGCCCGGGGGCUACUUCGCCGCCCCGGCCCAGCCCGACCCGGACGACCAGUUCAUCGUCCCCCCGGAACUGGAGGAGGAGGUCAAGGAGAUCAUGAAACAGCACCAGGAGCAGCGGCUGCAGCGGCCGGCGCAGCGGCCGGCGCAGCACCCGCCGCCCCAGCCCCGGCCCCAGCGGCAUCCGCCGGACCAGCCGCCGGACUCCUACGACACGCCGCUAUGACCCGGCCCCCGGCCCCCGGCCCCCGGCCCCGUUUUUAAACCUCGGUGGACGAACCGAGGGGGCGUGGCGGAGCGGAGUCGCGGGGCC